UAAAAUUUUUGCAAAUUCAAUUUUUGAUGCACAAGGAAAAGAAUUUUUUUGUUUGCAGAUUUUCUGUUGUUUUUGAGAAAAGUGGAGCAUUUUUUUGCGAAACUGUAUCGAGAAUGAAGCUAUAUCUUUAUGAAAUAAGUGAAACAUGAGUCGAAGUUUGCAAAUUGGAAAUUAUUUUGGCUAAAGCAACGGAAACCAAGUCGUCACAUGGGCGCUCAGUAUUAACAUUUGAAACAUUCUUUUUGAAGACCUGUUUGUUUACAUUCUUUACUGUUGGUUAAAUAUUUUAUUUAAAUGGAUGGAUCUACAGGAUGUGAACCUAGUUUUACAAACAAUGAAGAACACAUUGAGUAUAUUACUGAAGGAAUUUCAAAAGAUUUAGUUUUGAGGGCAGAAAGUAACCAUUCUGACACACAAGGAGCAACAUCAGUUGUCAAUUUGCCAGAAACUACGUCGAUACCUGUAAACUCAGUGUGCAGAGAUGGCAACUGCGGGCACACUCAUCAUACGCAGUUGAUACCUUUGGGUUAUACCCCGGAACCCGCCCCCGUUAAGCGGGUGGAAUUUAACGAACAUGCCGAUACGCAAGAGAUUGAGGUUGAAGGUCACGGAAAGGUCACCAUUAAUUAUGUGAACUAUGAAUCUGAGUCACAGAUGAAGGAUAUAAUGUCGUUAAUAACUAAAGACCUUUCAGAACCAUACUCAAUCUAUACAUACAGAUAUUUCAUUCAUAAUUGGCCCAAACUAUCGUUUCUGGUAAGUAAGCUAACUUUAAUACUUGAUAGCUCUAUCAUUUCCAAAUUAUCUUACCUGAAUGUAUGAGAGUGAGCGGUCGGCCAGUCAGUGACAGUAAAGCCUGGUCCUCGCUACAACAUAAGCACAAGCAAGCAGAACGCUUUGAUGUUCUUAUGCUUCUGGUGUUUUCAGUAUGUCCUCACUACAAUGCAAGAUACUUUACCAUACGAUUUACACUUUACCAUACCGCAAGUAUUUGAUGGCAUGUGUUCUGACGGUUUUUCUGUUCUUUUAUUGGCAUGUUUUGAUGGCAUAUGUAUUCAGUGAUUACUCCGGUACGGUAAAGUGUAAAAUUUCUGCAAAAGCAUAAGGAAAAGAAUGCAAGAUUUUGACAUUCUCAUGUUUACGCUUAUGUUGUGUUGUAGCAACGAUAGUACAUACUGUAAGAAAUCAAUAUGUUUGAUCCCUCUGAUUCUUAUGCUCGCGUAAUCCACCCUUUUCAGUGCCUAUUUUUUCUCCACAAGCUUUCGUUGGUAGGGAUGCAACUGCCUGAAAAUAUAAGGAGAAUUUCAACGUUUGAGCAAAGGCCUUUUGUCCGGAGUAACUGUGACGGCUUUUGCUCGAAAUGUCGAAAUUCUCCUUAUAUUUUUCAGGUAGUCGCAUCCCUAUCAACGAAAGCUUGUUCAUAUUAUUGCCACUAGGCGUAAAAAAAAUACCUGUGGUUCCGCUUCCCGACUGACCCUAUUUUUUUCUGCCGACCCUAUUAUUUUUUCAACGUGAUUGACCAUGCGACCCUAUUUUCUCUGGGUGGUUGUGUGCUGUUGUCACACUAAUUAUUGAAAAAAAACAUGAAAAAAAUAUUCAAAAAAAAUUAUUUCCGACCUACCGACCCUAUUUUUUUCGCGAUAUGAAACUGGAACCACAGGUAUUUGUUAUGCCCUACCUACACUGGUACAGACAGUUUAUAAUUUUAUCUCCCACUUUUUUGUCUUGAAAGAAACAGUUCAUCCUCCCCCCCCCUUAAAGAAGCAAGGGAUUGGAACUAUGACAAUGUUAAUUCACAUUUCCAUGGUGCAAAUGUACAUACAUGUGGAUAUAAGAUAUAAUCAGAAGCCCCAGCUUAUGACGUGUGUUUACUUGAAUUUCAGGCAUAUUGUGGGGAAGCGUGUAUUGGUGCUAUAGUUUGUAAACUUGAUUUGCAUAAAAAGAUGGCCCGGAGAGGUUAUAUAGCGAUGUUAGCUGUUGAUAAUUUAUACAGAAGACAUCAAAUAGGUAGGAAAAACCAAUACAUGAAAAAUUAUAUGUUUUGUAUAUAUAUUUGCAAUUUAAGAAACUAAUAAUUAGUAAUUGAUGAGGAAAAGACAAAGGAAAUCAUUAACUUGUCGGUGGUUUUAUAAAAAAAUCAUGUUAUUACAGUCGUGCCAAUAGAAGGGUUCCGAAAAAUGUUGACCAGUUCAUUUCCUAACUUCGAGGAGUUCCUCUGAACAAUUCCUCAACAAUUUGAUAAGUUUCUUAAAAAGUUCCUAACUUCCUGUUUCAUUGACCAAUCAGAUUGCUCAAAAAUAAAAUAUAAAAUUUGAUUGGUCAAUGAAACAGGAAGUUAGGAACUUUUUAAAGAAAUUUUCAAAAUUUUAAGGAAUUGUUCAGAGGUAUUCCUUCAAGUUAGUUACUGUAAUUAUAUCUGAUAAAACAUUUCUGCUCAUGUUGUAAAUAAUGUGUAAACCUACAUCUUUUAACCCUUUAAGUGGCAACGCACCCAGAUGUGCCCUACUUUAUUAUUUUACUCCGUCUAAUGCCAGACGAUUUUACUCAUCGGGGGGAGAGUGCUGCCACUCUGACUCAAUGAGCUAGACUAUCUGCCCAUGCACCCUGUUAACCCUUUAAGUGGCAAUUUUCCCAGAUGCACCCUACUUUAUUAUUUUGCUCUGUCUAACACCAGAUGAUUUUACUUGUCAGGGGGAGAGUGCUGCCCCUCAAUGGGUUAAUUCAAAUAUUUGUCAAUUCUGAAUAUAAUGAAAUGAAUUGUAUGAUAAUGGUGCAUGAUAAUGCUUAAUAAAAAUCUUUAUGUUUUAGGAAGUAAUUUAGUUAUAAAAGCUAUAAAAAUGAUGAUAGAACAAGGAUGUGACGAAGUAAGGAUUCUUUAUUUUUAUGUUAAUGAAAAUUGACCCCAAUUUAAAGAUGAUGUCCACUACGUUCUGCGCAUCAGUUCUGCUCAUAACAAAGGGGGACCCCCAGAUAUAAACAUUGCCCAAAUUUUGCAUCUUUCGAACUUUUUUGAAUUGAAACGUACAGUUUAUAUCCAUUAACAAGUGUAGCGAACCAGAAAAGUGUUAAAUGUUCAGUUAGUAUAUCAUAUUUUACAAAUAUAGUAGUUCAAAACGUAAACAAAGUUCGCGCAUGUGCACAGGAGUGGACAUCAUCUUUAAGAUGAAUUAAUUAGUAUUUAAAGUAUUAAUUAUUAAUUAGAAUAUCGUUUUCAUUCCAGGUUGUACUAGAGACUGAAAUAACAAAUGUUGGUGCAUUACGACUUUACGAGAACCUUGGUUUUGUCCGUGACAAGCGUCUUUUCAAAUAUUACUUAAAUGGAGUUGAUGCUCUCCGUUUAAAACUCUGGAUACGAUGAGACAGUCUAUCUUGGGAAGAAGAUGUUUAGGGCAAAGACUUAGAUAUUCUAAUUUUUGUGAAUUUUGAUGUAAUUUCUUUUAUUAUUAUAUGAAAACUGGCCAGUGUUGAGCACUGUAGUGAAGAUUUUUGAUCCUUAUUAAAUAUAUCAAUAUUUGCUUG